CCUCGUCGAAAAGAGCUCAGUCGUUCGCUUCAAAGGCUCACCAAAGUUCGCUUUCCGCACAGUCGAACCUACCUUCACAAAAAAUGACUCUCGCCGUCGAUCUCCUUAACCCCUCUGCUGGUGCUGAGGCCCGAAGACACAAGCUCAAACGUUUGGUGCAGUCGCCCAAUUCUUACUUCAUGGACGUCAAGUGCCCAGGCUGCUUCGCGAUCACCACCGUCUUCUCACACGCGCAAACCGUCGUCCUCUGCGGUGCCUGCACAAGUGUGCUCUGCCAGCCGACUGGUGGUAAGGCGAGAUUGACUGAGGGAAGCUCAUACCGUCGGAAGAACUAAAUUAUUCUACCACGACGCAUGUACUCUCUUUGUAAUUGCAUAUCUUGCUGUGCAUCGGCAUUCCAUGUUCCGCCAUCUCGCAUGCAUGGAUAUCUCUGACCCACCAUAGAGCUGAAGCCUUGUCCCUUUCAUUAAACCUUAUGUAUGUAUAUCCUGAACUCUAAAGUUGUGGCCGCGGAGAAGAACCAAGAGUCUUUGUCCGCCUGCAG